AUGGGAAGCUGCAUUUCCACAUCCGCAAAACUAGGUCAUAUUGUUUCCAAGAGAUCAGCACGCAAUGUCCAUAAACCUCUAACCUCACCGGAUCAGAACGACUGCGUGGUACAAACGCCAAGAGCUCUUAGGAUCACAUCAGUGGUCAAGGAGCCUACAGGCCAUAACAUUCAUGAAAAAUACACGUUUGGAAAGGAAUUAGGAAGAGGUGAAUUUGGGAUCACAUACCAAUGUUUUGAUAUCAAAACAGGUGAAAAAUAUGCAUGCAAGACCAUAUCUAAAUCCAAACUGAAGUCAGAAAUUGAUGUGGAGGAUGUGAGAAGAGAGGUGGAGAUCAUGAGGCAUUUGCCUAAACAUCCUAAUAUUGUGAGCUUCAAGGAGGCAUAUGAGGAUACAGAAGCUGUUCAUCUUGUUAUGGAACUUUGUGAGGGAGGUGAGCUUUUUGAUAGGAUUGUUUCUAAAGGGCAUUACACCGAGCGUGCCGCGGCAAUGGUUAUCAAGACCAUUUUGGAGAUUGUCAAGGUAUUGUUAAGCUAUGGAUUUGGAAUUCUUGUUAAAUCUGGGGAAGCCAAGGAACUUAGGGUAUGCCAUGAUCAUGGAGUGAUACACCGGGACCUAAAACCGGAAAAUUUCUUAUUUGCAGAUGCAAGUGAAUACUCCCAAUUAAAAGCAAUUGAUUUUGGCCUCUCCAUAUUCUUUGAACCAGGUCAGCGUUUCAAUGAAAUUGUUGGAAGUGCAUAUUACAUGGCUCCAGAGGUUUUGAGAAGAAACUAUGGACCAGAAGUUGAUGUGUGGAGUGCAGGCGUUAUCCUUUAUAUCUUGCUUUGUGGAGUCCCUCCAUUUUGGGCAGGUAAGCUUCAUCAUCCAGCUGAUGCAUUCCCCAUAUUUCUGUCGAACUGA